AUGGAUAAUACAAAGCUGUCAGAUAAAGAAAUAUCAAAGCCUGAUUCAGCAAAAGUCGAAGUGCUUGAGGCUUUCACCACCCCUAAACUUCCCUCAAAACAAGUGUCUCAAUUGGGUAGAAAACCAGGUCUCGGAUUGAACAGUAUUGGCACUACUUCAAACGUACCGGCUUCCUUACAAUUAGAUCCACCUAGAAAUAUUCAAUUAUCAAGUUCAAAUUCAUCCAGUCAAGCAACAAAGAGGAGAAGAGUCACUAGAGCCUGCGACAAUUGUCGUCAAAAGAAGGUGAAAUGUGAUGGUAAACAGCCAUGUAUCCAUUGUACUGUCUAUUCCUACAGUUGUACCUAUGAUCAACCUAAUAUAAGAAACAAAAGAAGUAGCAAUAUACCGCCUAGUGGGUUAAGUAAUACUCUGAUUCUCCAACAGCAACAAUUAAUUGCAGCACAACAGUUAGCGACAAGAUCCACUACUGUUUAUAAUAUGACUGUAGCUCAACAAUUGCUAAACAUGUUAUUACCAAAGCUUGGAUUGAACUUAUUAGAUGACAAUAAUGCUGUUCACAUGGAUAUUGAUAAGUUGGAGAAAAUAAUAAGUUAUGUUAAUUCCAAAUCCAAUGAUUUAAAGGAAAUUCAAGAGUUAUAUCAAGAUGGUCCAACUCCAAAGAAUAUUUAUAUCGAAUCUCCUAUUGGGAAAUCAAUUACUUCUCCCACUUCUUUACAUUCAAAUGAUGAACUGGUAUUAGGAACAGAUUUUAGACUAAUGCUUCCUCCUAAAGAAGAUGCCUUACAAUUAAUCCAUGUUACAUGGUAUAAAGCCUGUGUUCUUUUCCGAUUCUAUCAUCGUCCUUCAUUAAUUGAUAAUGUUGAAUCUAUUUAUGCCACUGAUCCUUAUAACUACACCGAUAAGCAACAGAAGUUUCUCCCAUUCUUUUAUUCUAUAUUGGCAUGUGGUAGCUUAUUUUCCAAAAAAUCUGAUGCAGAUAAGAAGGAUAAUGAUACUUUAGAAGAUGAAGGAUUCAAUUACUUUUUAGAAGCAAGAAGAUUGAUUGAUAUUGCUAAUGUUGGGGACAUUUCUUCCAUUCAAACAAUUGUGAUGAUCAUAAUGUAUUUACAAUGCUCGGCGAGAUUAUCUACUUGCUAUUCAUACAUUGGAAUUGCUUUGAGAAGUGCCAUUAAGGAAGGUCUUCAUAGAGACUUAUCAAUAUUCCAGAAUUCAAAACGUAAGCUUUCACCCAUAGAAAUCGAUACCAGGAAAAGACUUUUCUAUACAAUUUAUAAGAUGGAUAUUUAUAUCAACUCUCUUUUAGGUCUUCCCCGUUCUAUUCAUGAAGAUGAAAUUGAUCAAGAUAUGCCUGUGGAACUUGAUGAUGAAAACGUUACCGAAUUGGAAUUUAAAUAUUCUGAACAAGGUGGUCGAUUAUCAUCUUCUGGAUGUGCCAAUCAUCAUACAAAACUUAUGUUUAUUUUGGACCAUAUUAUUAAAGAACUUUAUCCAAUCAGAGUGAAGAAUAAACCCGGAAAUCAAAAUCAAUUCCUGACUCCUAAUCAUAUUCAUAAGAAGGUUACUGAUUUAGAGGUUGAAUUGAAACAAUGGCUAGAUAAUUUACCUAUUGAAUUGAAACCAACUGAUCCACUGGAUCCCAAAACUUCAGAGAAAAUCCCGGAAAAGUUUCUUCUUGCAAAUUAUUAUUUGCAUUUGGCAUUUCUCAACUGUCAAAUAAUGAUGUAUCGUCCUUUCAUUCAUUUUAUUAGUCAUGGACAACUGAAUUUUGAAGGGUCUGAUCCCAGAUCACUUAUUAGAGGUCGUAAUUGCAUAAAAGUGGCAAGAAUGGUGGUUAAACUUGCAAACAAAAUGAUUGAUGAAGAUUUAUUGGUUGGUACUUAUUGGUUUUCCAUGUAUACCAUUUUCUUCAGUAUUGCAUGUCUUAUUUAUUAUUUCCAUUUUGCUAAUUAUUACAAUACUCAAAAUGGGAAUGGAGCCAAUUAUGCUGGUGUUUUAUUUGAUGAUGAUUUAAAUAUUGAUAUGAUCCGUCAAGACAUUGUUAUUGGGAAGAAAGUUUUGGAUUGUUUAAAGGGUAAUUCCAAUGCCAGUCUGCGUAUUUAUAAUAUUUUGAAUACUUUGUUUGAACAAUUGAAUAGAAGAACUGCAAAGAAUUCUUCCAAUAUCCAUAGUCAAAACCUGUUGAAGGAACCAACUUUAAUACCCAACAAUAUUAAGAAUGAAACCGUUCAAACCACAUUUCAAACCUUUGAUUUCAUCAACAAUUUUGGGAAGAAUCAAGGUCCAAAGACAAAUACUAUUGAUCUACCUCCUUCGUGUAACUUUGACGCCCCAGCCAUUCCUUUAUCUACUGCAAAUGCUAACAAUAUAUCCCUAGUGGAAGGGAUGGGCAAUUCAGCAGGUUCUACUUCGUUGAUAUCUGGUAGUGAAGAAGCAGAUAAUAAUAUUAGGAAGGAAUCAUCUAAAGAUAACGAAAAUUAUUUACCUGGAGUUUUCGAUAAGCUAGAUGCUCAAAUAUUUGGAAAGAUCUUACCUCCUUAUAUGUUAGAGGUUAAUUCCCAUGCCAAUGCUCUUUCUGAUACUCCUAACCUCAAUUCUUUGAACGGACUUAACUCGGACAUGAAAUCUGAUGCAGUACUAAAUGAAACACUGGUUUCAGAUCUCCUUGACCCAGUCCUACAGAGCACUACGGGGAACAACUAUACACCAUCUUUGGAUAUGAACAUUUUGGAUGAUACCAAUAAUAUGGAUUAUUUGGAUCCUUUUAAUCCCAUCAAUAACUAG